UUUAACAGCAGUGAACUAACAGAGGCGUGAUGUGGGGGGGUGAUUGUGUGAAUGAAACGGGGACAGAGCUGGCUGCUGUCAGACGAUCCAGCUGUACCGACGUUAUCACAAACGGACGUCGCUUCACGUGACCCUACGAGGAAAGGACAUUCCAUUGCUCUUAAAACUAAACUCCUAACUUCCUCUCUCUUCACGUGGUUUCCUUGCGUCUCUCCGUGCAUCCGUGGUGGGAGGGAUAAUAAGGCUGAUUUAUGGUAAUGCGCUAAGAAAAGACGCCAGUGAUGGACACAGGAUUCUCACCGCAACAUGGUUCUCCCUGUCCUUUGAGCGAGAAACAGAACUGACUUUUUUGUACAACUUUAUUGAGACAACGUAUACAACAGCUUCUGAUUACAACUUGCUAUAAAAUCAUGCUUUAUUGUCAUGUGCAGAAAAUGUACGGCAGUAAAGCUAUGUCAAUGAAAAUCUUCAGUCCUAGGUUCCUCUAACAAUGCAACAUGAAUGCAAUUAAAAUAGUGCAAGAAGAAACAGAAAUAGACAUAAUAUAGUGCAAGAGCAUGCUGAACUAAGUAAACUACAUGUAAAGUAGUAUGUGAUCAAAUAAAACAAUGUUGAGUUAAAUACUGUAGUGAACUGAAAUAAUGCCUAUUGUAAAAUAUUUGAGGUGCUAGCUAUAGCUAGCAGAUGUACUAUAAACUAAUUAAAGGGAAGGCACUUCACAUAUCUAAAUUUGUUCACAGUUUAAAUAUAUCAGGGGACUUUGAAAAUGGCACACAUCACAAGUUAAAAACAAACAACAAGAAAUUCCCCUGAGAUCAGAUGUUAAGACCUUUUCAGAUACAUGCAGCAUAGCAAAAAAAAUCUAACGUUUCAACAGGUCAAGAGACACAUUGAGGUAAAAGGUAUGAUCAGAGCAGUUUAUUGAACAAAUAAAAUAAAAUAAAAAUAAAUAAUGAAUCUUCUCGGAAAGAUAAGACACAAGACUAAGUGAAUCCAUGCAAAAAUAUAAAACCUAAUCAAAUAAAAGUAAACAUGUAUGUAUAGCAAAAAUUAAAAAACGAUAAUACUAAUAAAAACGUCCGAAUGAAUAAUAAAUAAAGGUAAAACGAUUAAAAGACUAAAAGGAAGGAAAUGUUGCUUUUAAAACUGUUACAUACAUAAUAUUAAACCCUUCAAGACCUAUAAAAUAAAUAUAAAAGUAGGUAAAUAAUAAAGACUAAAAGCCAAAUUAAAGGGGGGUGUCGCCAGUAAAAAAGCUAAAAAGAUGUGCCUUUAUCUGUUGUUUAAAAAUGUCUACUGAGUUAUAAACGCCGAGAGUAGCAAUAACAGUUUUCGAGUAUUACAUACAUUUGAAUUAUAAUAGAAAUAGUUGUAAGUUUAGUUUUCUUCACUUUAAACGGGUGACGUAAUAUGAGAAGCAGCAUGGAACGUCUUCGGUGACGUCUUUUAAAGAGGUACACACACCGUUAGAGGGGAGUCUGCCUCGCUGUAGCCUCACGUCUAGAAGCUACGUUAUUAUUUGGUUUUAGUUGGCAUUCAACUUCCCCUCAGCCUAAAUAUUGUUUCACUGGACAAAACCGCUACAGACAGCAACCGGCGACAAACAUGGCCAGCACAGAGGGAAAUAAACUUUGGGGAGGUCGCUUCGUGGGAGACACUGAUCCUAUCAUGGAGAGGUUCAAUGCAUCCAUCGCUUAUGACAAGAGGAUGUGGGAUGCUGACAUCCGAGGGAGCAAGGCUUACGUGAAAGCUCUGGAGAAGGCAAAGCUGGUCACUACAGAUGAGAUGAAUCAGAUUUUAAACGGACUGGAUCAGAUUUCAGAAGAGUGGUCCAAAAGUGCUUUUGUGAUCAAACCUGGAGAUGAAGACAUUCACACUGCUAAUGAGCGCAGGCUAAAGGAGCUGAUCGGUGCCCCUGCAGGCAAGCUGCACACUGGCAGGAGCAGAAACGACCAGGUUGUGACGGACAUGAGGAUUUGGCUGCGAGAUGCCAUCACCACCCUGACGGACAAUGUCCUACAGCUGAUGUCUACCAUGGUGGAGCGGGCAGCAGCAGAAAUUGACGUCCUGUUUCCCGGUUACACUCACAUGCAGAGAGCUCAGCCAAUCAGAUGGAGCCACUGGAUUCUAAGUCAUGCUGUUGCUCUGAGCAGGGAUGUGGACCAGCUUCAGGAGAUCAAGAGAAGAGUUAAUGUCCUACCUCUUGGCAGUGGAGCGAUUGCUGGAACACCAUUUGACAUCGACAGGGAGCUACUGCAGAAAGAGUUGGAGUUUGAUGGAAUCAGUCUUAACAGCAUGGACGCCACAGGCCAAAGGGACUUUGUAGCUGAGUUCUUAUUUUGGGCUUCAUUGUGUUUGACCCAUCUGAGUAAGAUGGCAGAGGACCUGAUGCUGUACAGCACAAAAGAGUUCUCCUUCAUCUCGCUCUCUGACGCCUACAGCACAGGCAGCAGUCUGAUGCCCCAGAAGAAGAAUGCAGACAGUCUGGAGCUCAUCAGGAGUAAAGCAGGUCGUGUCUUUGGCAGAUGUGCAGGGUUCAUGAUGACUCUGAAGGGCCUGCCCAGCACCUACAACAAAGACCUGCAGGAGGAUAAGGAGGCCAUGUUUGACUGCUAUGAUACUGUCCACGCUGUGCUGCAGGUGACAACAGGAGUCAUGUCAACUCUCAAGAUUAACAGGAGUGUGAUGGAAGCGGCCCUCAGUCCAGACAUGUUGGCUACUGACUUGGCCUACUACCUUGUGAGGAAGGGGAUGCCAUUCAGAGAUGCCCAUGGUAUCUCUGGUAAAGCGGUGUUUGCUGCUGAAUCCCAAAAUGUCGCCCUGAAUCAACUCACUGUGGAAGACCUGAGUGCUCUUAGCCCUCUGUUUGGAAGUGACGUGUCCUUAGUGUGGGACUACAGCAGCAGUGUGGAACAGUAUCGCGCCCCUGGAGGCACGGCCAAGAGUAGCGUUGCUGCACAGGUAGACCACCUGAGGGAGUGGCUUAAGAAAAAGACACAGUGACAUCCACCCACUUCCAGCGUAUCAAUUUGAGUCAGGUUUACUGCCAAAAUGUAGGUUGCUAUGAAAUGUCAGAAUGAGGUCAAUGAACUUAUUUAUGAUUUAAAAACCAUGUAGCUUUUAAAACAUUUCUCCUCUUCUUUUACAACAUUUCUCCUCUUCUCUUUUUAAUUGGUUGGUAUAUAACCGAGGGAUGUUUCUAUCGCUCAUGCAUUGAUCACAAGUGUUACAAAGGACUGGAGUUUACAAAAUAAAUGAAUGUUACUGAAACAGUG